CCUUGAUCUCUUUUUCCAAGCUGCGUAACGAAUAACCAUCGAUUUUUAUGGGUGAAAAGGAAAAAGAAUCCACUUUUCAUCUGCUUUGUACGAUUCUUCGGAUUUAUUACUUAUUCGAGAGAAGAUUACGAGGCAGGCUCUUCAAAGCAUGUCUGAAAAGAAAAAACUCAACAUACGUCCCUCUCCAGAUCAGAAAUUCGAUUCAGCAAGUGUUAAGGCUGCCCUCAAAGAAUUGGUUUCAGAGGAGUUAGGAGAUAAAGGCUACGACUAUAUAUACGCUCCUGACUGGACAAAGACCCUCAGCAGAAAGAUCCAUGACAGGCUCAAAAGCUUGGUAGCUUACCACCGUUACAAAUUUGCUGUCCAAGUUGUCCUUGGAGAGAAGCAUGGCCAAGGCAUGAGGGCUGCAAGUGGCUGCUUGUGGGAUGAAGACACGGAUGGAAGUGCUACUGUUGUCGUCAGUAAGGAAACCAUGUACUGUAUCGUCAGCGUCUAUGCCGUCUAUUGUUACUGCUACGAAUGAAUGUUUAUCUACUUAUGCAUGAGUUGAUGGUUUCAGACAUUGUGAUUUGUGCCACUAACGAAGAAGAUUGUUCAUGUAUUGUUUCAUUGAGUAAAUGAAAUGUUUUAAAUCGUUAAUAUCACCAUCAUCAAGAAGAAUGACAUUAUAACUAUGUGGUUGGAAUAUUACAUUUCUUACAAAAUAUUUCAUCUGUCUACUAACACUUAAAA